CUGUGAAUACAGGGUGUGGAUUGUUGUGUAAGCGCAUUUCAACACGAACAAAAGCUCAAAUAUUUGUGCUGAUCUUAUACAAAGGAGCUAAUUAACGGCCAGGUGCAAAGAUGAGAAGGAAAAACUUUAAGGUGAUAGUGUUAGUUCUGACAAGUGUUGUGUGGCUGGUCUUUAUCAUGUACAAAAAGUCUGGAAAUGACACAACGCUUAAGAGCAAAGAUGUUUAUGAGAUGUUCCAUCAUCAAAACGAUUUACCCGUGUUCGAAAUGCUCCAGCCUUCAUCUUCACGUUGUCAGCAGAAUGUGUCUGCUUAUAAUGUGACUGGAUUUUCUACUCUGCCAAAACGUAUUCAAUACUUCCUGCUUUACCGACACUGUAGGAGUUUUCCCAUGCUUCUUGAUGCACCUGAUAAGUGUGGUGGACCUCAAAACUCUGCAGAUGUCUUCCUUCUGCUGGUCAUCAAGAGUUCUCCAGAGAAUUACGAUCGACGGGAAGUUUUGCGGAAAACAUGGGCUAAGGAAAGACAGCACAAAGGUGCGUGGAUCCGCAGAGUCUUCAUAAGCGGAACGAGCAGAACUGGCUUUAAGAAGCGCAGGCUGAAUAAGCUAUUGAAGAUUGAGAACAGUGAAAACAAAGACAUUUUACAGUGGGACUUCCAUGAUUCGUUCAUCAACCUCACACUGAAGCAGGUCCUUUUCUUAGAGUGGAUGGAAAGAUGGUGCCCACAUGCCAGAUUUCUUUUAAAUGGAGAUGAUGACAUCUUUGCCAAUACGUUUAACAUGGUUGAGUAUCUUCAAGGUCAGAAGAGCAAUGAUGGAAGUAAACAUCUUUUUACAGGGUCCCUCAUGGAGGGCACGGGUCCUGUCAGAGACCCUCCAAGUAAAUACUAUGUCCCGGUACAGGUACAGGAGUCUGAAAUAUAUCCUCCAUACUGUAGUGGAGGAGGCUUUCUUCUCUCCAGCUUCACGGCCAAAACAAUCUACAACAUGUCUCACUCUAUAGAGCUGCUGCCCAUUGAUGAUGCUUACAUGGGAAUGUGUUUGGAAAAGGCUGGCCUCAAACCUACAUCCCACCAUGGUAUAAGGCCCUUCGGUCUGCAUAUCCCCAUUCCGAAUGUUGACCAAUUUCACCCUUGCUUUUACAGGGAAAUCAUUUUAGUCCACAGAUUUCUGCCGCACAUGAUUUUUGUGAUGUGGGAUGAAAUACAAAACCCACAUUUGCAAUGUGAAAAUGUUUUGAGAAACACAGAAAACAAUAAACAGGGUGUGUGAUUACUUUUAAAGGGAAACAAUAGCUUUGAAAUUUUUCAAGAAUGCUUUUAUAAAAAUGGUGGAAGCUCUGAAGCAUUGUGCAGUUUUGUAAGUGAUGUGGUGUUUUGCACUUUAAUUAAAAUGAAAAGGGUGGUCAAAUCCUUUCUCAACAAUGGUAGUUAUAGUCUAUGUGAUCUUUAGGGCCCAAGCACCAGAGGUACGAGGACCCUUAUUGGAAUUGCUGAGAUUCUUCUUCUUCUUUGCCAAAGUGAAUCACAUUUUUAAGGGGGCAAAACAUGCUUGUAAACUCAUGAAACAUUGUACACACACCAAAAGUAGUGAAAAUUUACAUCUGUUAUGUGUUUCAGAUAGAUUUGCAAGACAAAUGAGAGACAAGUGUGUGUUAUUUUAGAUUCUUAGACAUCCUGUAGGUUCUUAGAAAAUAAUUUACAUUUAAUACUUAGAAACGCAUCUAGGGGACACGGUUGGAUACCUUAAAUGGACACAUAUGUUGUAUAUGCAUUAUGAUUGGAUGAAAUGGAAGCAUCCAGAUUUGAUUAGGGUAUAAAUGCUGAGUCAGCAU